CUGGCUGUUCUAUGACAACAAUUCAAAAUCAAAGUAUACCAAUAACGCCAAUGCGACCACGAUCACUUUACACAGCACUCAGUUAUCACGCGCAAACCGAGGACACUAACUUUCAACGAUACAACGAAUUGUCCAAGUAUUUUGAAACACCACCACCACCAGCCGAACAAUGGAACGGUAUUACAACGAGUGCAACUAAUUAUUCGAGUUCAGGUGCUAUUUGGAGAAAAUCAAGAACACCUAAAACUAUUCCAGCACAAUUUUAUCCGACCGACGAGUCAUGCGUUUACCCGGACAAUUGGAGAGAACAACAUGAAACUGAUGUGGGUGGUACUGCAAGAGGUGCACUUACCACACCACACGGUACAAUAUCUUUGAGACUUAGAAAUAGAAUUCGAGUCGAUAUGACUGUCGAUCGUGCUGUUAGAGUGAUCAACUUUAAGAAUAAUAUCGUGCUUUCGUUAAGCUCUUCUGGAUCAGCCUCUGCUUUAUUGCAUCCGAAUGGAAGAAUAUAUCAAUAUGGGUCGCGUGUUGAAAUCCUAGCUCACGAUACUAACGGGAAUAAUAAAUACGCGAAGAUGUGGUACAAGGGUGUCAGUUUUACGUGCGAACAAUGUGCUCUUGUAUAUUUAGUGGAUACUGCUGGAACCAGAACUACCACAGAUUCGUUUUUGGAUAUGAGUCAAGAUUUUUCUCUAAGUGUUUUUUAUUCUGGCUCGCGACAUGGUUCAACGUGUUUGCAAGAAGCUGCUACGAUUCUUGGAGCUUCUCAAUAUUGGAUUACCGAUGAAGGUAUUGAAAAUUGGAUCAUCAAUAAUGUUAGGAUUUCUCAGACUCCUGAUGGACUUGUCAGAAUUGGACGAAAUAGCAACAAGUAUCAGUUGAGAACGUCACCCAGCAAUGGUACUGCAUCCCUGACAACUCCGUUUUUACAUUGCACAGCGUCAUUGGGUCAAACAUCUCAUUUAUUCGUACGCCGAGGAGAACGGCGCAUGCAUUACGAUGGAACUAGUUUUAUUGUACGCAAUGCAGGACACAGUGCUGGAUUUGACGAUAACGAUCAAUUAAAAGUCUAUUGAAAUAUUUCCAAAUAUUUCUAAGGUAUUGUCAUCUAUAUAAUAUUAUAUUUAUUAAUGAA